AUGGCGACCGGAGGUGCAUCUGCUCAGUCAAGUACCGAAGAAGACGCCACAGAACUACAGUUCCCUAAAGGUUUGGUUUCACCUGUUGCCUUUUUCGCCACUAGAAAACGAUAUUUCUCUCUCGGGUACUUGGUGCUAGUUGUCAGUUUAGGCGUUGAAUGAGCUACAAUUUGGAUGAUAUGUUGUCUCUUUCGUUCAAUUGAAGGUGGAAAAGCGCCACUAUGAACUAAAGAACCUGAUGUGUGAAUUACUUUAUGGGAAAUAUAGCUUAGGCAUUUUACUUGUUUAUUUUCUCAUAACAAGAUAUUGCCACGAAAACUAAGAUGUAUUAACUUACCUUAAUGUGACCUAAAUAUUAAAAGAUAGAGCGUAACACAUUUUUGUCUAAAAAAAUGAAUAGUCUAAGUGAAGGCUAAACUUUUGUGAAGCGAGAUCUAAAAAUUGAUGUUUGCUUCUCCUCUUUUGAUCUCAAGAGGGGAGGGGAGAAAAGAGAGGGUUGCAGAACACCCUACCCAAAGAUUCUAAAGAAAAAAUGUACUUUAUGUCAAUGUAUUUAGCACAAAAGUAGUAUUAUUGGGGACACUAUUUUUACGUCUCCAACUGGAAACAGGACUGCCAUUUUACAUGGUCAUCCGAGCUAUGCAAAGGUCUAGCUGCUUGUAGUGCAAAGGCAGUACCUUCAUUUCUUAGUUAUUUUAAGACCCUGAGUAAUGGUCCGGUCCUGGGAAUUGAACCUCUGACUGAGCAAAUCUUGAUAAUAUAAUAGUAACUUAAUGUAAAACCUUUUCCCUCAAUACCCAACACCAGAGUCCAAACCCUAUUUGGGAGACUGACAGAUUUCAAUAAACAAGAAAGGCAUCAAAUUCUCUUGCAGAGUUUGAAAGUGCAGAAACUCUUCUAAACUCAGAGGUUUACAUGUUGCUGGAACACAGAAAGACACAGAAUGAAGGUGCUGAAGAAGAGCAAGAACUGUCAGAAGUUUUCAUCAAAACUUUGAAUUAUACUCAAAAGUUUAGUAGAUAUAAAAACAGGGAGACAAUAGCUCAAGUCAGAAGGUAAGGAGACUCUCUAGACUCUAGACUGUUAUGGACACUUAUAAAUUUAUUUACAGACACCUUAAGAACAUUCUCUUACUUGUAAACUUCCUUUUUCAUCUUUGUUGCAGUUUGCUAGGUAAGAAAAAGCUUCACAAGUUUGAAUUAGCCUGUUUGGCUAAUUUAUGUCCAGAGACGGCAGAGGAGGCAAAAGCUUUAAUUCCAAGGUGGGUCUCGUUGUCUGUGUAUUUCUUUUUAAUCCCUUGUAUUGAAGGCAAAUGAGUAUAUUACCAAGCAAGAAGUUAUAUGGUAGAGUUGGCCAUUAUUUAUACUGAGCGAAUUUAAUGGCCUCUUGUUAAUCCAAAAAUUAACUUGAUACCUAUGAUGAAAAUGCUAAAAAGCAAUGGUUAAUUAAAAUAACAAACGUGAAUAAAAUUAUUUUGAGUUGCUGGUCUGUUGCAUUGUUUACGUACAUAAGUUGCAUUAUUUAAGCUUAGUUGCUGUUGUCGUUUUUUCUUUUUCAUGACAAUUAGUGAGAAACCAUUAUUACUGAGCAAUAAAUAAUAAUAUUGAGAGGCUAUAGAAUGAGCAUCUCAUGGAAUCCCUGUACGGUGUCUUUCCAUGGCUUCCAGGUCAAUGUAUUUCAGUGAGUCAUAUAUUCACAAUGAAAACUCGCUCAGACCAUGUGGCCCAAAAUGUAUAGGCUGCACAGAACAGUAAGGCCUAGAGACUAGGCAAGAUCAAUACCAUGCUAAUACAAGGCUGUGCUGUAGCAGAGUCCACUGGCCCCUGGUGCCUAACUUUUGCCCUUGGGCGACUAGAAAGUCUUACUUUUAUUGUACAAAACAGGCUGGGCACCCUUGAUUUUACAGAUUAAGCAUGCUGGGCUUCCUUCAGUUUCCCUUAGAGCACAACCUUGUAAUAUCCACAUACAAAUUCUCCAUACUAAUCCCCAUACAUUUCCUGAAAGAAAUUGUUGGGAGAAUUUGAUCAAAGAUCAAGGCAUUUUCUCUUGGUGAUCAUUUUCCUUGAUUCUCUUAACCUUUUCUCUGAAUUCUGCAGUGAUAAUGUUGUGAGAUAAUUGUAGUUGGUCACUCUUGAGACUCAACCCUUUAAACCCUAACAUCAAAAUUCAAAUUCUCAUUUGUUAUCCCUAUACGUUUUCAAUAGGAGUAGUCCGGAGAACUUGUUGAUGUAUCAAUAGAUUCUUGUGUGAUCAUGUUCGUAAUUCUCAUGACCACUCUGUUUUACAAAGCAUUGAUAUUACAAGGAGAAAUUUGAUGCUGAUCACUCUUGGGGCUUAAAGGGUUAGUAGGUUAAACCAUGCAAAAAUGCAGUUUUUAACUUCCAAGGAACAGAGGAAACUGACUGGUUAAACGUCCACCCUCAACCAACACUGUUUUAUUUUCUUUUUCGUAGUUUGGAAGGAAGAUUUGAUGAUGAUGACCUUCAGCAGUUUCUUGAUGACAUUCAGACCCACAGGAGCUUUCAAUACUAA